CGGCAUCCCGCCCCCGGAACCUGGUGCGUCUUCUACAGCUGUGUCGCUAUGGAAACGACUACUGCUGCUUUCUUUCCCGUGGCCAUAAACGGUAUGGCGGCUGGGGAGCCACGGGAUAAAGGCGGCUACUAUUUCAGAUUCCUGCCUCAGAGAACCUUCUCGUCCCUGAGCUCCCGGGAGAUCACCAGCCGGCUCCGCCAGUGGUCCAUGCUGGGCAGAAUCCAGGCGCAGGCGUUCAACUUUGACCGGACGUUCCAGCCCUACCAAAAGGAUGAUUUUGUCAUGGCUUUUUUCAAAGACCCAAAUGUUAUUCCAAAUUUGCAGUUACUUUCAGAUUCUUCUGGACAGUGGACUACACUAGGAACUGAAGUGAAAAAAAUUGAAGCUAUAAAUGUUCCAUGCACACAACUUUCAAUGUCAUUUUUCCAACGGUUAUACGAUGAAAAUAUUGUACGAGAAAGUGGACACAUUGUCAAGUGCCUAGAUGCUUUCUGUGACCCAUUUCUCAUUUCAGAUGAACUGAGAAAAGUUUUGCUCAUGGAAGACUCUGAAAAAUAUGAAGUCUUCAGCCCAGUGGAGAGGGAAGAGUUCCUGUUCUGUCUUUUUAAGCAUCUCUGCCUUGGAGGGUCCCUUUGUCAGUAUGAAGAUGUGCUAAAGCCAUAUCUGGAUACAGCGAAGCUAAUCUAUAAGGAUCUGGUGAGUGUUCGGAAACAUCCUCGAACCAAGGAAAUACAAAUUACCUCUUCUGUCUUUAAAGUAAAAGCCUACGACUCUGUUGGUGUGUGCUACCCUUCACCUAAAGAGCAUGAGCAGACGUUCUCAUAUUUCGUUGUGGACCCCAUCAAGCGUCAUGUGAAUGUCCUGUACCAUUGCUAUGGUGUAGGGGAAAUGGCUUAGUAGUGUUUAAGCCAUCUGUUAUACUGUUCCUUAGUUUGUUGUGUCUGUCUCUGUGUCAGCACUAACAGGUAGAUAUAUGGGCUCUUUGCAGACUAAUCGAAGGCCACUGUAAAGAGCCCAUUUUGAGCUGAAGAGAGCAAGCACUAAAGUGCCUUUCUCUAAAUUUGCCCAGCAUGCUCAUGCUGGAAUCCCAGAUAGAUCCUCUUCAAAGUAGAAAGUCACAAGUUCAUGUUUGUUUUAUUAAGAUACAGCCACAUUCCUAAUUUCCUUUUUUUUUUUUUAAAUUGUUCUUAGUUUCUUGAGGAAGUGUCUCAUGUACCCUAGGAUAGGUGAGCCUUGAACUCACUAUGUAGCUGAGGCUGAUCUUGAACUCCUGACCCUCUUGCCUCUACCUCUUGGGUAAUACAAACAUGUACCACCAGGCCUGGCUCUAUGUAUACCCUUUGGGAAGCUAGUUAAUUCUGGACUAGAAUUGAAACAUUAAACAUCUCUACGACCAGUCAUUAGUGUGAAUUAAUAUGAUUUUUUGACUUCAGUUCAUGUAAUUACAUUUUUAUCGUUGCAGAAAGGUUUAUGUCUUGCUGGCAUGAUAGUGCAUGUCAUCAAUCCCAGUACUCAGGAGGGAGCAGCAUCGGUUCUCUAUGAGUUCAAGGCCAGCCUUGUCUACAGAGCAAGUUCUAGGAUAGCCAGGGCUACACAGAGAAGCUCUCUCUUGAAAAGAAAAGUAAAACAAUAUUUAUAUCUCUACAGAUAGGAAAAACAUAGAAUUCUUUUGCUUCAUUUUUCCACUUAAAAUCCUCAGUUGAAGAUAAUUGUAAACUCUUGGGGCUACAGAAAUGACUUUGUGAUUAAGAACACUAACUGUUCUUCCAGGGAACUCAUGUUCAGUUCCCAGCACCCUCAAGGCAGCCCCCAGCUGUCUAUAGCUCUCCUUCCAGGGGACCUGACAAAACACCAAUGCACAUAAAACAAAAAUAAAUAAAUUUUUAAAAAUAA